GGCCUGCGCGGACGACGGGCGUCGUCCGGCAGUAGAGUAGUCGAAUUCGGCGCUUCCUACGGGCAGGUGUGCGCUCGUCUAUCGCACCGGUGCACGGAACUCCAGAGCUCGACGCUCUUUUCUAUAUACGCGUAGACAUAUAUAUAUAUAUUUAAAAGUUACCCCCCGGCGGUCGACCGGUGGGGGCGUUUAACCCGCGUCUUCCGCGAGUCUCGUUUGUCGCGUCCGCGAGUUCUCUCGUUAACGAUCGAGGGAAGCGCGAGAGUAUCUACCGUGCUGGUACGAGUGUCGCAGCGCCCGUGUGGACUCUGCUGCAGUCAGUGAUCGUGGAGGGUAGCCGAGAGCGAAGGGGGUGAGAGCACAGGGAUGAUAUCGUAGGUGUGCGUACGAGAUACUUGAUUCCUGGGGAAGAAAUCGAGCCACCGUCGAGGAACUUCAGAGCCGGAGAAAAGGACGCGCGCCCAUCUACGCGGCGACACCUUGACGAACUUCCGAACGCGCACCGUAAACUUCCGCGAGUUCUCGCCGGGAAGGGAAUGAGAGAACAGGGCGCAGGCUACCACGGUUUCAGGGCUGCCUUGAAUUCAUCUAAUACACGUCCAACUGGGCAUUAGUAAUAAAUGGAGAAAUGUUCGACCGUCUAAUGCAAUACUUCAAAUUCAAACGUCUGACUGUUCAACGCCGAGUUCUAUCCCUCUGAGAGGACCGAAUGAAAAAUUACAACGCCAACGUUUCACCGCGUUAGCGAACCGUUCAUUCUCCGGGAAUAUGUACGUUAUUCUGGGAUGAAUUACCUGCGCGCCGGAAAUGUUUGCUCGAUGAAAAUCUAUUGAGGACUUCGUGUGUGCACUUCACUUCCGGUCUUGAUCGAGAAAUUCGGUUCGGCUAAGCCUAAAAGCCUAUCCUCGACGAGUAGAAACUUCGUACGAGCUUAUCGAAUAAAAGCUUCGAGGGAAAGAUCUCGUAUGUUACCUGGAAAUAAAUUGUUGUCGUUACUUCUAUCGCAUUAUCGACGAGAGGUGUUAACGGCGGGUUUUCAUAUCGGUCUCGAACUCCCGGCCAUAACUUUAGAAAUAACGAUGUAAAAGAAAAGGGGGACCACUGUUUGUCUUCCAAUCAGGACACCUCUUACUUCAUAACUUCUUUAAAUCAACAAUUGUCACCGAUCACAAGAAACUUUUCUCGAAGGGUGUUCAUGAAUUAGCUUCGAGCAAUCUCUAACGUGUUCAAUGAAAUGUGUCACAGUGCCUAACAUUCGCAAAGUCUAUAAUAUCAUCUGGAGUUAUUGUAUCAAAAUCUACAAGUGAAAAAUUCCAUCAGAGGAAGGAAGUCGUUCUUGAGGGCGAUUAUGGCACUUACGAGAUAAAUGUGUCGCCGCUUUUAUCGUGGUUACUCUGAGGGAAUAGUUAAAACAGGAGGGUCGAGGGUUCAAUUAAUACGGAGGGUGUAAAGAGGCUCGUAAUUAGCAGUGGGAUGCCCCCAUGACAAAAGGGAGGCACGUGGUGAUGUCUUGUUGUUGUUGGUGCUGCGACAACCUCGGCGGUGCCGGUUCUUCGAGCGCUGGUGCUAGAGGCGUUGUUACCAGCAGUGUCGUCGGCGGCAACGCGAAUAGUGGUGGUGGUCUCGGUAUCGCUUCCGGUCUCUCGGCGAUGCUCUCGCUGGUUGUCGUCACUGUCGCUAUCAGCACCGGGGAGUGGCUGCUUACGGAGGAGAAACUGCCGAAAAGUUCGUCGAACGGCUCCGCGGAACCUGACAGCAAAGUUACCUACAGCGGUCUUUGGAGAGUCUGCGUUGCCAUAAGCUCGCGCAUGGAGUACGAGUGUUCGAGCAUUGACUAUUUUCCGAACGAGGAGUACAGCCCGGAUCCGAGCGAUUCAACGAUGGCAAUACCAUAUGCAGUUACCAAGUCGGCAAUGUUCUUCUUCGCUGCAACAUCGCUGCUGGUGGUGGCCGAAGUUUGUUACUUCACUGCUCACGUUACUCACCCGAGACACAGGCUUUGCGUCUUUGUCGCCGGGGUGGUCUUCAUAGUUUCCGGUUUGUUAAUGCUCGUGGGAAUGGUGAUGUACAUAUCCGUGUUCAAAGCUGAAGUCGGUAGCAAGCUCAGACCUCGGUCAUCGUUUCAGGGACCACCGUUCACCUACAGGUACGGAUUCUCAUUUCUGCUGUACGUGAGCGGCUUCAUCACGACCGAGGUCGCUGGCACUUACGCCAUCUUCUUGUAUAUAUCUUGGCACCAGAAAGAACUCGUACGGAGAGAUUCCAAGCGAAAAAAUUACGGGGGUGUCUACCACUUAGACAAUCACCACGUGCAUCACGCGAGCAUCGGUCACAGCGGAUUCCUAUGCGAGAGGCAUCAGAAGAGAUACUUCUUCGGCAGGGAUUCGGUGGACCACGUCGACAUCGACGAGUUCCUGCCACCGCCGCCGAACUUGGACUACCACGAUUAUCCCAGACAGUUUCCUAGAGACAUCACCACCCAAACGGUCAGUACGACUGCCGAUGUCCUUCAGGAGGAGGAGGAGGAGUACAGUUCGAGCGUCCAACACGAAUUUGUCACUUUCGAUCUGGACGAACCUCUGCCACCUCCGCCGCCAGUUAGAUGCAGCGAAUGGGUUUUCGACACGCUUAGGAAAACUACUCCCGUCUGAUAUACCGUCAGAUACGCCAGGCUGGUGCAGAGCGUAGAAACUGACGAAGAGGAGGAAGAGGAGGAGGAAGCGGAGACCGAGGAGGACCACGACAUAGCCGGCGAUUAAACGAAUCGCUUUUUAAUGAGACACGCGAUCGGAGGUUUCAUCCGUCAAACGCACAAAAAGUAAAUACAAGGAUACUAGAUUAUCUGUUUGCAGUUUUUUAUAUAGAAAACGCGACAGUUCUAUGAAUAACAUGAAGUGAGAAGAAUGAAUAUUGAUAGCAGCGGAUAUCAAUUUAUAUCUUCGAUUUCCUCGCGUUUUUGCGAGAGAAACUGGAUACUUAAUGAAGGCGAUCUUUCGAAGACAGACUGAGAUGCAGACAUGAGAGACUCGAUAGACUUCUUACCAAUGGAUUUAAUCAACCAAUUUACUGCCAGUCUUGGCCUUCGAUCAUUAUUCGAAUAUCACGAGAGUAGCGUUGUUAAAACGAAAACCGUCCCUUCCUCGUUGAAAGGAAGAAAGCGUGAGGACAAUUAAUUUAACGAUUCGACGAGUUCGUAAAAUUUGUAUUUCGAAUCGUAUAUGUAUAGUAUUUAAUAUGUUUACGUGAUGUGUAAGAGUUUAAUAGACAUUGUAAGGAAUGAAUUCGCGAUAGAAGAUACUUGUGUCAUUUUAUAUCCUGGUUACCGAUAACUGUAAUUUUCUAUUAUAAUAUAUUAUACAUAUAUUGUAGAAUUAUAUUUGUUCCUGCAGUAGAACGAUACGAAAGUGUGAAACAAGACUGCGACAUGUUUGCCAAGAUUUAAGUCAACUGAGACUGCGAAUCGUGAUUUGAUUUAAUUUUAUAAUAUGCGAAUAGAUUGAUUUGAAUUUGAAGUCUCUAUAAUGUUAAGAUGAGAUAAAAGAUUUUCUGAAGACUGCAAUAAGAAAGAGAUGAUUAAAAAGGGAUUGUCAAACGUGAAAUAACGUUUUAAAAAAUGGAACAGUGAUCAAACGAGACUAUAUCACAAACGUGUUCAGAAAACGAAUCGGCUAGAAGAACUUUAACUCCAUUCGAUGUACAGAGCUCAUUAAUCGCAUCAAUUUUUAACGCAACUAUGAAUAGCUGAUAAGUUUUUUAUACGAUAGUCAAUUUUCCAAAUAAAUUAACAUCCUGACUUACUGCAGGACGGAGAUUAUGGACGUUUGACGUAGUUUCCGCGAGGACUUGUAAAUAAAUUUAAACACCUAUAACUCGAUUUACGAUAUGAAAAAUUCAAGUGGUGAGAAAAUUAAUUUUGUUUUAUAUAUAUUUCUAAUGCUCAGGCUUGAAUUGUUAAGAUGUAAGACUCGAGAUGUUAUCGGUGGUCUUUAAGAAUGAAUUAAGGCGAACAGGAGGAAAUGUCAUUCGACGCUAACUUGAACAUGACAUUUGGCCUCGAAACAGGAGAAAAAAAAUGUUGCCAUUGUUUAUAAAAAUAAUCCAAUGUUCACUAGCAUGUAAUAGAAUUUUAUUGUUUAUGUAUUUGAUGGUGAUAAUCUAAUCUGAACUUUACAAUUUGUACAAUAAAGUUUCAACAAGUUAAAUAUCAA